AUGCCUUCUAUCAAGAACGUCCUCGCAAGCUUCGCCCUCGCAGCUACCAUUGCUUCGGCCCAUCCCGGACACGACAUCGCCCAUGAGGCCGCUGAGCGCCGCGACUUUCUCAACUCCGUCAAGAGAUCAUCUCUCGCUCACUGUGCCACCAAGCUCAAGGCUCGUGGUGUCGAGGCCCGAAACGUUGCUCGUCGCUCAGCCCAAGUCAACAAGGCUCGUGCCAAACGCGCCUUGAAGAAGCGAGAGGAAGAAUCUGCCCUGAACAAAUCCCACAACCAGACUGAACAAGGCUUCACCGAGUGCACUGAUGCUGCCGCCUUCUUUGCCAGCAUCAACUCUUGCGUCUUGACCCCUGAGGUCACCCAGGGCCCUUACUACGUCGCUGGCGAGUAUGUCCGAGAAAACGUUAUCGAAGAGCAAGACGGACUCAACAUUGUCCUCGACUACCAGGUCAUCGACGUCGAGACCUGUGAUCCCGUCCCCAACGUCUACCUAGAGAUGUGGCACUGCAACUCCACUGGUGUAUACUCCGGCGUCAUUGCAAACGGCAACGGCGACAACUCCGACGAAACAAACAUCGAUAAGACCUGGCUCCGAGGAAUCCAGAAGACCAACAGUGACGGUGUUGCUCAGUUUGAGUCCAUCUUCCCUGGUCACUACACCAGCCGAGCGACUCACAUCCACGUCAUGGUUCACACCAACGCCACUCUCCUGGCCAACCACACUCUCGGCAGCGACAACUAUGCCAGCCAUGUCGGACAAGCCUUCUUCGACCAAGAUCUCAUCUCUCAGGUCGAGACCCUCGAGCCUUAUGCUUCCAACACCCAGGAAAUUACCCUCAACGAGGAUGAUGGUAUCUUGAGUGAGGAGAUCAGCACCGACGGCGUCGACCCCUUCAUGGAGUACACUCUCCUCGGAGACAGCGUCAGCGACGGUCUCUUUGCUUGGCUCGCUUUCGGCAUCAACACCACCGUCUCCAACUCUGUUACCCCCGCUGCUUACUACUACAAGGAGGGCGGUGUUGCCAACGGAAACAGCGGUGGUGCCCCUGGUGGCGGUGCCGGUGGUCCUCCUUCUGGAAUGCCUUCUGGAUCUCGUCCUGGAUCCACCCCUUCCGCUACUCCUGAUGCCGAGUAA